AUGGCGUCGCAGAAGCUCUUCCAGGCCAUUCCGGCCUUUCCGGACGACAUACCCACAGCAUCCAUGAACACCAUCUCACUGGCAAAACUGAAUUCCGGCGACGAAGCGGCCGCAAGAAGUCUCCUGACCGCUUGUCAAGAGCUAGGCUUCUUCCUGCUUGACCUGAACGGCGACACCCAGGGAAACGAGUUGGUUGAGAUUAUUGACCAGCUCUUCUUGGCGGGCAAAGAUAUCAUGGACCUCCCACUAGCUGAAAAAGAACAAUACCUGCAUGAUGCCCCCCGAAGCUUCCUUGGGUACAAACCACUCGGCGGUGCCAAAACCGAGACCGACAAACCAGACCGAUUCGAGUGGUUCAACAUCGGACAGGACGGCCUCAUGGGUACUUCAGCCCUGCAGCCGCUCCCGCCCAUCAUACACUCGCAACUGGAGCUCUUCACCUCGUUCAUGAAGCACGGCCAGAGCAUCGUCGCCACAGUCAACACCGCCAUCGCAACCCAGCUCGGCCUGCCACCCGACACCUUUACCUCCCUGCAGGACCCCACCAAGCCGUCCGGCACCGUCGUCCGCUUCAUAAAGGCGCCCGCCAGCCCGGCCGAGGAGGACCUCCGCACCAGCAUGGGGCAUCACACCGACUUUGGGAGCAUCACCCUGCUUGCGAACCUGCUCGGCGGCCUGCAGAUCCUGGCCCCGGGAAAGUCCCCCGCGGAUGAGUCCGCCUGGCUGUGGGUGCGGCCGCGCCCGGGCUGUCUGGUAGUCAACCUGGGCGACGCUAUGGUCCAGUGGACGGGCGGGCUGUUGCGCAGCAACGUUCAUCGCAUCAGAUAUGCACCCGGUGCCCAGCGUUUCCAUGAUCGGCUCAGUCUGGCUCUUCUGGUCAGGCCAGAGCGUAAUGCAAGCAUGAGGAGGUUGAUCAGCGGGGAAGGAGAGGAGGAUGAGGGCAGCCAAUACACUGCCUGGGAGUGGGAGGUCAAGAAGACUAUGUCAUAUGUCAUGGGUAAUGCUGUCAUGCAAAGCAAGGGAGGAAAGCCACUGGUGAUGGAGGCUUAG